AUGAAAGUAUAUGAAUAUUAAAAAAUCACUUCGAACUCAAUUGGAAUCAAUAUCACUCUUAGAGAUUUAAUAGAUUAGCCAAUCCAAACUAAAACAGUCAAAGUAAUUGAAGUGUUCAUUAGUAAUACUUGUGCACAUCAUUAUAAGAUGAGGGUGAUUAUGUGUAUAAUUGUUAUAUUGCUCUCAAAAUUUUAAACUAAGGAGAAUUAAUAGAACUUUAUAAUAGAUGGCCUGGACAAAUAGAUGAAGUUUACAUAAAAGAAAAUGAUUUGAUUGGACUCGAUAGUGUAAUCUACAAUAUAAGGGGUGAUUUUAGGUAGGAUCUAUAAAUAGAAUACAUAUAAUAUGGAGUUAUUAAUAAACGCAAUUAGAACUUUAGAAUAAAUAUAAUUAAAAAUGAAGAAGAACAUAUACCUGAACAAGGAGACAAAAUUUAAUUGGAUCCUAAAAUGAUACUAGGACAUAAAGAUAAUGUAUUCAAAGUUGUGAUGAAUGAUGGAAAAAUGAAUGAUAUUAAUUUUUAGGUUAUGAAAAAUAAAUAUCCUCAUUUAGUGGUCUAAUAUUUAGAAAAAUUAUGA